CCUCAAGAGUGAAACGUGCGUCUGACGAGUUUGUUCGUCGAGUGAUUCGGGGUCUGUUCGGGGUUUAUAUGGAACGCUCCCUUUAUUCGUAUUUCGUGGGAAUAUUUAGUCUGUGAGAGGGUCUCUCCCGGAGGGUUUUUCAUUUUUUUUUUUCGGAAGUCUCUUCGAGUUUAUUUCCAUUUUUCAUCGUUGGCAAGUCAGUAUGACAGUCAAACUCUGGAUCAUUCUCUCCUGUGCGGUCGUCGCAGUCUCCUCCGCUGGAAUACUCGAGACACUUCUGUCGUGGGAUAUUCGCGAUAGUGAGGCGAGAUCAUCAACAGCCCAGUCCAAGUGCUUGUGUCAGACAUCGGGAUGCCUUUGCUGCGUCGACCUCAAUCUCACGUCAACAAUCGACCUGGGUGGACCCGCGUGUGUCAAUAUCAAACAGAAGGAUAAGAAUGUCUCGCUGCAUAUGAGUUAUGGAGACAAUCCUGUGCACAAUGCCACCAUUAAGAUUGCGGACGCAGCAAAUAAACCGACGUGUAUGAAUCUCCUAUCAGACCUAGCUCAACUCUGUGCCAAAUUCACAUCAAUGAAACAUCAGGAUUUAGGCCACGACGGGUGUCUCGUUGUGGAGCCCGCUCUAAUGCGAACACCCCAGGCUACUUACCACAUGGGCUGCUUUAAUUUCAACCAGGGAGUCCGGCAGAUUCAGUCGUCAAUAGUUGAGACAACUCCACCGACCCCGGAGGACGAAGAAGAGGAAGGUCUCAAUACAGAGGAGCUGCUCGCAGCAGUAUCUUCCACAGCUGAGCAGGGUUUCGCCCUGUUCUCCCAAUGGUUCCUGAAUCUCAACCCCAAACUGAACAUCACCAACGCCCAGAAGGAAGAGUCCACCCAGGCCCCAGCAGUUCGCCAGGAGUCCAGCGAGGAAGGGAGAUUAGGCAGAGCCCUGGGUAACACCCACUCAACAACCCCAGAUGAGCGCAGCGAGGAGCGUUUCAAGCGGCUCCUCAGUGCCCAGGACAACAUAAUGCGAGAAUCCGCGAGGAUUGGACCUGUCAACGACGGCCAGACGACCUUCAUCUUCCCCAAGUCAAUGGAAACACCCCAAAUUGCUAAGAGUCAAGCACCAUUUGUCCCCAGAGAGUCACGAAGAGGUGGACGUGCCUACAAUAUUCAUCAACACGUCAACGAAAUCUAAUCAAUUAUUAUUUUCAUUUAUUUUUCCUCUAUUCACUAUUUAACAAAAUCACUUUUUACCAUUUUCACAACAAUUUUCUCCCCUCGAAAGCAUUUUUUGUAACGAUAAAGCACGAAAAAAUUCAACCCGAUGAAGAAAAUGAAAGGAUCUAAGUGAUUUUUGCUUUUUCAUUUCUAUGCUUGCGAUUAUAUACAGGUGUGUUAUAUAAAUUUUAUUUAUAAAGAAAUAAAAAAACAUUUUUCACGUAGAAAAAUUGCUUCUAGGCAAAUUCGUACGCUUAUAUCAUUAGACAUUGGUAUGUUUUAAUGUAAUGAAUUUUAAUAUUAAUAAUUAUAAUAAAAUGGUGUAUAGAUA